AGAAAGUGAUUGCUGGAUGCCUGCCUUGAGCAGUGGGAAGUACUGCCAGUGACCUAGCUUUGCUCACACCCAGCUUCCUUCCUUCAUUGCAAGAUUUAUCCAGCUCGAGAGUGGUUUGAAUAUAUCCUUUUUUUAAACUUCCAGCAUGUUGCCGGGGUACAUGGCUGUGUCUGAGGAGAGAGCUGGAUACUGAAGCAAAACAGCAGGAGAUUAAUUUCUAAGAGCACCGACUGAUGAUGUUUGGGAGGAAUGGCAUCUUCGGAAUAGGAAGCUCCUGGAAAAAAGUGCUAAAACAGGAAUCAUCCAAGACGAAAGUGGUGUUGACCAAAGUGACUGUCCUGAAAAAUGGCUCAGAGUGUGAGGAUAUUUCAUCCCAUCCCACCCCAGCCAAGACCAGAAAUCCUGAGGACUAUCCAAGAUCACAAACUAAUGGUGGCACUGAACUAGCAAAGUCCAGCGACCAGAACUUAUUCACGGAACUCACUGACAGAAAGGGAUCUUCAAGCUGUGCAGUUCUGAAACUGUAUAAAUCAGAAUCUGAGGACUCUGGGGCUGAAUUUCCAAGUGGUGCAUAUUCUCCCUUGACCCCCUCAGGGUCUGAACAGAGCCUUGUCAUGCAUCGAAGAGUGUCAUCUUGUGACUCUGGGAUGGCUUUGAGCAUUUCUUCCACAUCUCCUGCAAUUCAACAUUUACCUCUGGCGGGUCCCUGUCCCAAUUCUGCAAUGUGCAUAAAAGAAGAUCAAGAAAUUGAUGAGCAACAACGGUCUGUAGUAAACGACCAGAGACAGCCCACAACUUCUGCAGGUUGCAGAAAGGACAGCAGGUCAAGCAUCUACUUCAGUCAGAGUCCUCCAACUGUGGAUGAAGGAGUGAAGCAGUCCAGACAUGUAUCACUGGUUGAAAUACUCAUUGCUGACACCAAUUCUCUUCCAGUUUCGAAAGGUGGAAUGGAGCAUGCUGAAGUAGCUCAAUUCGAUCAUGAAUCAUUGAAAAGGGGACAAUCAAAUGACAGUCUUGAUAAAUACAUGGAGAAGUGCUGCAGAUUAAGUGAGGCAAACCAGGAUAAGACAGCCGACCGGGGUUCAGGCCUGGGAUAUCUGGAGCACAUAUGCCAACUGAUUGAAACGAUCGGGCAGCUCCAGGAGCAGAACAAGCAGCUCCAGAAGCAGCUGUGGGUUGUUGAGAGAAGCCUGAAGGUGAACAGGGUGACGGAGGAAUUUUUCUUGAACCAUUGUUCCUGUGGAGCCAUUGGUAUCUAUCAGACCCUCACCAGCCUUCCUGAUCUGCAGAAUGAUUCAUCCAAUGCCUUCACCAGCCAGGGAGGCUCACUUGUACUGGAGUCCCCUUCGCAGAUGCCGAGAAGCCCAGGUGGUGAUACAGACUCAGGUGGAAGAGGAUGGUUCAGGAAGCCCAUGUGCAAAGAGAUGGGAAGAUCUAUAGAGACUGAGGUGAAGCACAGCCUUGAUGGUACAAGGACCCUGUACUCAUCACACCAAGGACUCCAAGAGGUAAAAGCACAAUCUGAUGGGAAAGUCAAAGCCCUGAUUAGGAAUUCCAGUUUAAGAAAACAGGACAAAGCCCAAGAAGUGUCCGGCUUCAUAAAGAGAUCCUAUACACAGCUCUGCAGACAAGAACACUCUACAAAGAAAUGGCAAAUCCAAAAUGAGUCAUCAACUGAUUAGUGGAAGCUGCAGUAAAGAGCUCAUUGUAGUUGGUAUUGUUAGAAGGGUACUUCAGACAAACAUACAGUAGACUGGAACUGUAAUUACUUUUCAGUCCAACCUAACUUGCCAGAUCAGCAAUAAAAGAGAUUAUUUCUGUUAACCUUACUUUUUAAUUGCACAAGAUACGGUCAAAGUCUAGUGUUUUAUAUUGCUACCUAACAUAAAAAUCAUACGUCAAGUCAUUCCAACAAGCUUCAAUGGACAGUUUUAUCUACUUCUUUUUCCAAAAUUCUUUUUCUUGAAUUGAGCUUCCAUUGCAAAAAAAGACCUCAUCAGAAAAAAUCUGAGAACUCUAAUAAAAAGGAUAAAAUUUUGUUAAAGAGAAUAACGUUAGUUAGAAAACUUUUAAAUAAUCUUAAGUUUCAGAGCUUUAAUUCUUAACUGGAUGCACAUCUUUUUCAAUGUGUUUUCAUUUAUUUAUCACCACCCAUUCCCAUUGGCAAGUGAUGCUAGCUGGGUAACUGCUCAAGAAUAAUCAACAACCCACUAACUUUCACAUUAAUAUUUAGUAAACUGUUUGAGAAAAGGAGCACCAUACCUGAACCAAGUCCUCUGCGUGAAGCAAAAGCAUAUCUUUCCAAUAAGAAUGGCAUGCCUAUUAACAUCUCUAACCAAGGAAUGGUAAGACAAAGGCAGGUUACCAGAUCCUAAACAUGUUAUAAUUAUAAAUCUAUUCCUAUGCCAGGAAUUUUCUGUGUUUUUUUAAACAGGAAUUUGGCAUCAUCACCAAAGAAGUAUAACAAAGGCCUCUAGGCUCUCAGGUCUUUCUACCAACCCAUCAUUAAAAUUAUGGCAGAAACCUUGCUGAAAAGCAGAACCAACCACUAUUAUUUGAUGAAAUUGAUAAAAAUAUCCUACAGAAUAAGACUUUUAACUGAUUUGUGUACUAAGCAUUGAUUUUGUUUUGUUUGUAAUAAUGUAUGCAUUAACACAAUUUAUAUAUAGAAAUAUUUAUCGAUUUUCUUAAUGUGAAGCUGUCAGUAAUUUUACAAGAAAAAUAUUUCUGUAUUACUGUAGCUCAAUAAUCUUAUAUUUGAUGGCAACAAAUAUU